AUGAGGGAGAGAGAGAUGAAUGCGGUGGAUUGGGGUCACGAUAUGAUAGCAGCGUGCACUGAUGAUGCCGCGACGAGGAUAUGGAGACGUGAUGAUGUGACUGCUUUGAAAUUGAAGAACGAACCUGAAUCCAUGACUCAGGAAUGGGCAGGACACGUCGCAUGA